AUGGUAUCAUGGCAACUCCUUUACAGCUCGACGAACCAACAUCGCGAACCUGAAACCUCGUACAGUCACGUCACAAUGUUUGGGGAUCUGCAAUGCCACACCGGUGACAUUUCCAGUGCUACCGACUUUGGGCAGCUCCAGUGUUACAGAUUCGGCUAG